CUGCCAACCAUUAUAGUUUGUAGUGGCAAAGUUGACCCACUGUUCUUCAUGUCAAAACUCGUGGUUUUGCCUGCCAAUUCCUGUGCAAAGCAAACAGAAUCACAUGAAGUCCUAAAGCAGAAGAGACAGAGAGAAGGGGGGGAUCCCACUAAUUUAGUGUUAAUUAGAUCAUAGGGCAAAUACUUUAUGUCAAAACAUUGACCUUGGAGCUUAUAUAAGAAACCUAGGUGGUUAAAGAUGCUCACUUCCAAAGAGCAAAUUGGUAACUCACAUAAUCACUGCAGAGAAAGGGAGGGAGAGGAAGAAGCUAGUAAAUGGUGAGACAACUGAUCAGAGAGGCUAUCAACUUGGAUGGAGGUGUUGGCGAUAUUGGUCAUGCUUGCCUACUCUUCUGGCUCGCUUUGGUUACCCUUUCUUUAAUCUCAGUCAUAAUUUUCUCUUGUGCUGAUGGUGUAUCCAAGGACAAAACUUCUACAGCCGACACAGAGUACCAUGGUGGUGGAUGCGAAGCCGGAUGCGGUGCCGCAUGUGGUGCAUGAUAACUUUGUACCAAUGUUCUUACAUAUCCCCGUUUAAACAGAGUUUAGAGACCCCAAAUAAGUUUAGGAUACCGAUCGAGUACUAAUCUACAAAACCUUAUGAUUGUAAAAGCAGUUUCAAUUCUACAAUAAUUGUUCUAAUUGGAGAAGCUUGUUUCUCAUAGA